UAAACCACAAAUGCUAAUAUGUGAAUGUAACUCAGCUAAAAAAAUUCAUUUGGUUAAAGAAAAACCGUAACAAAAUUCCCCCUUGACCCAAAUAAAUAGAGUGCGACCUCGAACCAGUUUUUCCAGAAGAAUCAUUGUUUCUCAUGUUAUGUUAUACUCACUAUUACAACCUUCCAAAAUCCUCAAUCUCCACGAAACACCGUUACAACAAUCAUUCAAAACAUGUUCCAAACUAUUCCACUCACUCAAACAACAUGAACACAACCUGUUUGACAAUACUCCCCACCCAAAUGCUUCUUCAGUUAACCGUUCCAUGCUUAACCUCUUACACAAAAAUCUCCCCUUUCAAGCCCUUUCCAUAUUCAAGAAACACUCCCAGUUUCAUUUUCUUCAAAAUGUCGAUGAGGUUACGCUUGCACUGUCAUUCAAGGCUUGUAGAGGAGAGUUUAAUCUGGGUUCCCAAAUUCAUGGAUUCGCUGUAUCUACCGGGUUUAUUUCCCGUGUCACCGUGUCGAAUUCUCUGAUGAAAAUGUACUGCAAAGCUGGGAAAUUCGAAUGUGCUUUGCGUGUGUUCGAGAGUUUGAGUUAUCCGGAUAUUGUUUCUUGGAAUACUAUUCUUUCUGGGUUUGAGAAGAGUGUUGAAGCUUUGAAUUUUGUGUGUUUUAUGCAUUUAAAUGGGAUAGUUUUUGAUCCUGUGACAUACACUACUGCGCUUUCGUUUUGUUGGGAUAGGAAUCAGGAUGAUCAUGGGUUUUUAUUUGGGUUGCAGUUGCAUUCUCUUGUGGUUAAAUGUGGAUUUGGUUGUGAAGUUUUUAUUGGGAAUGCACUUGUGACAAUGUAUUCAAGGUGGGGAGAGUUAGAUGGGGCUGGGAGUGUUUUUGAUGAAAUGCCUAUAAGAGAUUUGGUUUCUUGGAAUGCAAUGCUUUCUGGGUAUGCUCAAGAGGGAGAGUGUUAUGGGUUGGAAGCUGUUUUGUUGUUUGCUGACAUGGUGAGACAAGGUAUGUUGCUUGACCAUGUUUCGUUUACGGGUGCGGUUUCCGCUUGUGGUUAUAUUAGAAACUUGGAGUUAGGAAAGCAGAUUCACGGUUUGGCUCAAAAAUUAGGUUAUGGAACACAUGUCGCAGUUUGCAAUGUUUUGACUUCGACUUAUUCAAAAUGUAAGGUUCUUGGAGAUGCUAAGUCAGUUUUUCAGGACAUGAGUAAUCGAAAUGUAGUGUCUUGGACGACAAUGAUUUCUAUUGAUGAAGAGAAUGUGGUGUCUCACUUCAAUGCUAUGAGAGUUGAUGAUGUGUAUCCAAAUGAUGUUACGUUUAUAGGAUUAUUGCAUGGUAUAACAACCAGGAAUAUGGUGAUAGAAGGUCUAAUGGUUCACGGGUUAUGCAUAAAAAGCUGUUUUUCAUUAGAACAAAAUGUCGCCAAUAGCCUUAUUACCAUGUAUGCUAAGUUUGAAUGCAUUCAAGAAUCAAAGAAGAUUUUUGAGGAGCUUAAUUAUCAAGGAACAAUAUCAUGGAAUGCAUUGAUUUCAGGGUAUGCUCAAAAUGGCUUGUGUAAAGAAACUUUCCUUACUUUUUUGUCUGCAAUGAAGGAGAUUAAGCCCAACCAAUACACAUUUGGUAGUGUGUUAAAUGCCAUUGCCGCAGCUGAGGAUAUAUCUUUGAAACACGGGCAACGAUGUCAUUCUCACUUGAUCAAACUUGGGUUAAACACUGACCCAUUUGUUGCAGGGGCUCUGCUUGAUAUGUAUGGCAAACGUGGAAACAUUAGCGAGUCUCAAAGAGUAUUCGAUGAGACACGAGAGAAAACUCAGUUUUCUUGGACAGGGAUGAUAUCUGCCUAUGCUCGCCAUGGAGACUAUGAGUCAGUGAUGAGUUUAUUUAAGGAAAUGGAAAGGGAAGGAUGCAAUCCUGACUCCAUCACUUUCCUUUCUGUUUUGGCUGCAUGUUGUAGAAAGGGAAUGGUUGAUGUAGGCCAUAGAAUAUUUGACUCUAUGGUGAUAAAACAUUCACUUGAACCAACCCCUGAGCAUUAUUCAAUUAUGGUGGACAUGUUGGGCCGUGUGGGACGUCUAGAUGAGGCGGAAGAGUUGAUGCAUCAGAUUCCAGGAGGACCUGGACUGUCAGUGUUGCAAAGCUUGCUUGGGUCUUGUAGAUUACAUGGGAAUAUGGAGAUGGCAGAGAGGGUUGUUGAUAGUUUGAUACUAAUGGACCCUGCAAGUUCAGGUCCUUAUGUGCUAAUGGCAAACUUGUACGCUGAGAAGGGAAAGUGGGAGAAAGUUGCUGAAGUGCGAAAAGGGAUGAGAGGUAGGGGAGUAAAGAAGGAAGUGGGAUUUAGUUGGGUGGAUGUUGCUAAUGUUGAUUCCUUGCAUUUGCACGGUUUCUCAUCUGGGGAUAAGUCACACCCAGAGUCUGAGACUAUUUGUAGAAUGGCAGAGUUUUUGGGAUUGCAAAUGAUAUUUUCAAAACAGAGUAGAGUGAAGGAAGGUGAUUGGUAUGGAGAGUUUGAACAGAUGAGUCAUGGAUAGCUUACUUGAUUGUGCUCAUUCAAAAGAGAGUAUGGGAAAGGGGAUGGGGACUUUAUUGAAAAAAUUCCUUCAAAGUCCUUAUCAUUUACAUUUAGGAGUUUUCCCCAAUUUGAGAGGGUUAUUAUGGUUGUGUAGCCUCAUUUCAUCAAACACCAAAGUUACAAUUUUGCAAUUUAGAUCAGAGUUGUAAACCCCCACUUCUUUCACACUCACUGCUCGGCCUUUUCCUCUCUCGAGCAUAUUUUUUCCAUCAGCACAAAUAUUUGUUAAUAGCUUCUUUUGAUUCAGAUUAUGGUCUUGAGUAUGCUUAUGGAGCACACAAGUAUUCAUCAACAGGGGUAUUUGAAGAGUAACCUGAGAGAGGUGAAAGCAAGGGUUUAGAUUUACAAAUACAAUUUUGAUUGGAAAAACAAACAAGGGAGUUGGUGAAGUAGGGUGUGAUGGAAGAACUUGCAGCUGAGUGCAGAAGAAAUGCUUGCAAUCUCAUUACAGAAAGUUGUAGCCAUUACUGUGACGGUGCUUGUGUUAAACUCGCUACAUUCUAUACUGAGUUUGGGAGUUUAUAUAAGGAGGGAAAAAAGGGAUGAUGACUUUGUUUAAAGAAUUCCUUCUAAGCUCUUUUCUUUUGCAUUCUGGAGUUUCCCAAUUGAGGAAAAUAAAGAUUUUAACAUGUAACUCAUUUGAUUCAACUGCCAAAGUUACAAUUUUGUAAUUCAGUUCAUAGUUGUAAAUCCUAACUUUUCCCCCCACUCUCUAAUCUAUCCUCUCUUUAACUCUCCCAAUCACACAGGGUAUUUGAAUUUGUGAAUUUGUUUCAUCACCACAGACAUUUGUGAAUUCCUUUGAUUCAGGUAUUUCUCUGUUCUGUCCUCAUUAUUGCUGAAUCCGGUUUAUCUAUCCGCUUUGAAUUACUUGGGUAUUUCUCUGUUCUGUCAUUUUGAUUUCCUGUCUUCAUUAUUGCUGAAUCCGGUUAGGCGUCUAGCUAUCCACUUUGAAUCAUUCCAUUCAGGUACUUUGUCUGUGUUUCUGCUUUGAAUCGUUCAGCAAUCUAGCAAUUUUUAAAUGUAUUUUUGUUGUUUGUUUGGGUUCAUGGUUGAUUCUUGUGAGUUCAUGGCUUGUGUCCUCUAUUCUUUCCAACUACUUCUCAUCUCACUGCCGGUUUUCCAAAAUUCCCUUUUUGAAGAGAUGUAGUAGUUGUUUUCAGUAAUGUGCCUUUGUCUAUGUCUUUAAAAAAAUUGAGUUGGGUUGUACUUAAAUGUUAUGAGUUUCUAUUUCCCUGUACAAGAACAUGUGCAAUAGUUAGUUAAACUGAUUGUAUCAGCUAGUUAGUAUUCAUGCCAGCUGUCAGGAUAGCUUGCAAGAGAAGCUUCAUCUUGUAAUAGUAGCUUGCAUGGCAAGCUACAGUUUGUAAAUGUUAGUUAAUGCCAACUCAGAUGUCGGUGCAAGUUAGCCUUAGCGUGGUCAGCCCCAUAUAGCUGACCGGCCUCCUUGUAAGUUGUAACAAACUCAUGAUUUAGAAUAUUCAAUACAGAAAUAGUUUAAGAAAUGUCUAUAAUCUCUUUCUCUCAAAUCUAAUACCCUGUUUUAUUAUUUCUUUCUGAACUGUUAUAAGCUUUAGAGGUUCCAAGCAUCUUGCAAGAGCAUCAAAGUUUUUCAUUUUUUAAAUUUUACUCUAAUGAAUAGGCGAAAGAAUUUUAUCUAAAAGCAUAUAGUUGAUGCAUUUUUCAUUGACUGGACCUUCAGUUUUUAUUUUGGUUUGCUUAUCAACAUAGUUACUCAGGUGUUUAAUGCAUGUUGUGCUAUGAUAUGCUUUCUUAAUUUCUUAAACUAGCACACAAUGUUAAUGUAAAUCAUUUGAGGAGAAUAAUAAUCUGAACUACAAUAUUAAUGUUUGCUAUGUGGGUCUUAUUGUGUCGACUUAUAGAUGAUUUGUAAGCCAAACUUAAUUUUAUGAUAUGAACUUUGCUGUGUGAUGGUACAGGUACUGGUUAUUAGUCAUGGACAUUCAGUUCUUGGAAUCGAAAAGCAUAGCAGAGUAGCUCGACCAAAAGGGCAAGAAAGCCGUGGCUAAUCAUCAGAGUCACCAUGUAAGUGAACCAGUGUUAUCUAUGGCGGAUCACAGAAAGCCAUUUUUAGCAGCCAUUCUUCACAAUCCGCCAUCACAGUUGUCAAAAACUUCACCACUGCAAUCCGUCAUGGCCAUACUAGAGUACUAAUUACAAUUUGAAUAUGUCUCCUAAUGAAAGCUUCUAGCAUAUUUCAAGUUCCUAUAUAAUGUCUCUAAGUAUUGAGUGCCUUUGUUUAUUUGAGGUGUUAAUAGCAGAAUCCAGAAGCCUUCCACCCUUGUUUGUAGAUACACAUACACCUAAUGUAGUUCAUGAGUUAAUAAAUGCAAGUAAUUUGAAUCUUAUCUAAUUGUUCCACGUUUUCUUUUUCCCUUAUUUUUGGAAGGGUGCAUCAAUGUUCAAACACUUUUUAUUCUUGUUAUGAGACCUUGCAGAAAUUUGAGCAAAAGUUCUCUAUACAGUUUGUAGUGACUAAUGAACAUGUUGGGAAUAGUGCUAGCCCUGAUAUAUUCUUUCUCUCUUUCUCUGAUUGACUUUAGAAUUAUAUCCUCGAUCUUAACCUAUAGCGGAUUUUAGUUUUUUU